GACGCUAACCGCAUGUGGAAGCUUCUAGUAAUGGCGUUUAUAUGUGGAACCGUCUGAGUCCUGUCCUCAACAGCACACCUUGCCUUCACGUCUAUACUCUACUACUUUGCGCUUCGUCUUCUGUGUUCAUAAUCUUCUCUGCACAUAUUCGCAACAGAUUCAACAAUGGCGUCUCCAGAUAUCCUCAACCCCUCUCAUCAAAUCCACCAGCCGCCUAUGUCCCGCUCAAACUCCAAACCCAAAGGGAUCUUGAAGAAUGCGCCUGCACCGCCAGCACCUCAGGCGAGCACAGCGCAACAGUACGCAUCGCUCGUUUCUUGCCUUGUCUGUAAAGAGAGUGAUCAUUCAAUAUCGUUAUUGCAGCUUGCAAUGGGACGAGGAGAACCUCGCUCUGACCGAGGCUCAGAAAGAUAGUCAGAUGAAGAUCACUGAGCCUAAAACCCCGUAUGUCAGAUAUAAUGCGGAAACAGACACUUUCGAGGGCGAUAUCCCGAAUUUGGAUCUGAACGGCAGGCCAAUGAGUCCUGCGGUGUCCUUGCCUCCAGCUUCUCCUACGAGUAUUGCUGCCACAGGGGGAGACUCUGGACCGUCAUCACGUAGGACAUCAUUCUCAAGCACCGGUCGUGCUUCAUCAGUACGACCAGGGAGUGGGACUUCUAGCAGAAGCACCAGCUUCAAUCUCCCGAACGAGGCUAGAGAAACGAUUCGCUUGGAUGGACGUCAACCCGGCGAUGAGAUCGAGUUCGAGGAAGAGAUGGAUGAAGAGACCGCGGCUAAGCAUGCUGCUUUCAUCCGUGCUCGGGGCCGACACUACUCUAAUGAGGCUGAAGCUAUGAAGAUGGCGAAGGCACUGAUGGACGAGGAAGACGAGGAAGAGACCGUCCCAGCAGUACCCCGUCCCGCCGAAGCUGGCAACCCCGAUUCGCCGAUGGAGGAUGAUGCGGGAGCUGAGAUGAAUGGUGUCGUACAUGCUAUUUAGAUGUUUUGUUGGCUGGCUGGAGGUGGAUCAUGGAUUAUGGAAUAUCGAAUGAAAGUUGCGUUGUACUGUUUUCCUUCCUGUUGUUUGCAUUGUAUACCACUUCAGCCCUCCGUGGAUAUUUCUUCGAUACUGAAAGCAUAUGUUGCCUGCCGUCAUAUUUGUUUUUGUACUCAAGGGUGCCGGCGAACUCUUCUCGUAAG